GUACGGCGUCACUGUAGCUAGCUAAGAUAGCUAGCGCAUCUGUUUAUUUAAUUCACUAAGACCGCAGAGUAGAUGCAGAUCAGUUAGCUAGCCGUUACCUUUCAGAGAGUACGGAAGAAAUCUGGACCUCCAGAAAGAUGAGGACUGUCGCUGUGGUCUGAUGGAAUCGCUCCUUUUUAAACUCCCCCUUCCAGUUUAGUCGAUAUGGAUCCCCUACCUCAGAGGCAGCCAAUGGAGGAUGGACUCCCAGAAUCCCCCUCUGCCUGUAGCCUGGCUUUCGACCUGUCAAGCAGACGCAGAGAGAGCCAUCUGAAGCCUGUCCCCAUGGAUCCACUGCAUGUGGCAAGGGCACCCAGGUGGCGUGGUGGGGAAGACAGCAGGGGGCCGGGGCUCCAGGAGGGGGACUCUCCAUUCCACGCCCCCCCGCCAUCCCGGCGCGUCCGACCAGACGACGCCUUCUCUAACACCACUGUUACGCUGUCCUAUGUCAGUAGCUCCCACGGCUUCUCUGCCCAGGGCCCUCUCCCCCCUCGGCUCCAGGCUGUCCCAGCAUUUGCCGAUGGGCUUUCACGGGGCUCCCCAAAUCGCGACUCUGAGGUUGAUGCUAUGGCAAGGGAGUACGCAGGGGGCCACCACAGGCAGGCCACUGGUGGGAUGGGGUCGCAGCUGGAGGCAUACCCUAUGGCCUUGCCUAUGGAGAGCUUGAGAGGAGGUGAUGGGGGAAGGGGAGGAAGAUUAGCCUGCUUCCCAGCACAGACCCCGGAGGUGAAUGGGACACCUGGCGCCAGUCGUCCCUGGGGCGCAUCGAGGCUUGGACCCAGCCAUUUGAACAGUCUCGCCAAAGGCGCAAGCAGACCCAGUGAGGAUGGGGCAGGAGACAAGAGAGGGCUGCAGAAUGGUGUGAGCAGGGAAUUGUGGGAUUUGGAGUCUUCCCGGGAGAAACCCUCAAAGCUCCAAACUACAGGAGGCUCUUACUUUACUUCCAGACCCAGAGGGAUAGGUUCUCCCCAGGGAAGCAGAGCUUCUGGAAACUUUCACAGUCCUUUAAACAAGGACUGCAUAGUCACUUUGGAGGAGCCUUUGUCCCCUGGCGAAAGCUCAUCAGAUGAAAUGGAGGAUGCACUUAUUCUGCCACAGGCGUUAAAUUCUCCCAGCGCAGAGAGCUGUUUGGCAGAGGAAGCUGCUGAUGACAUCACUAGAGAGAGACCAGUGAAGGGCGAGGGUACCAAGUUCAGGGUGGAGCUUGUGGAGGUGUCCACCACCCCAGAGGACAGCUGUAGCAAUGACAGCGAUGUCAUAGAAGUACCUGUCAGUAGCGGUUUGACAGCACCACUGAUGGGGGUGGCAGAAAUGUUCAGGACACAGCCAGAGCCUCAGGACCAACUAUCAGAGCCGACAGGACCAGUGCACCCUAUCCCCAAGAAGGAAUGGAAUGUUCCCGAGCAGCAUCUAAACGGGAAUGCAUUGGAGGAAGAGAGAACAGCUGAAAGGGAGAAAUCACCUGCUUGUGCAAGGCAGGGGGGGAUGAGGCUGGAGGCUGUCGUGCGGAGCAUCACCCCUUUUAGGUGCAAAUCGUCCGGUCAUAUUCAGCCCUCCGAGAAAUGCACCAACCCUAAAACUCAGGCCAGUAAAGUGCGUGGCAGUUCCGGGGCCCCCAAGGAGAGAGCGCAUGAAUCGGAGGUUGAGGAGGCCAGUGUGACGGUGACUCUGUUGCAGGAGGAUGACAGCGAUGGGAAUGACGUCACUGCCGGUGGCCAAAAAAGCCGGCGCUCUACCUCGGGUCAGGCGAACGCGAGCCUCCGCGACUCUGGUGAUGCCAGCACAUCAUUCAUGGGACCACCCAUCCCUGCUGCUAUUGCAGGCACCGGGGAAGCCGGAAAGGGGGUGGAGGGUUCUCCGUCCCGGGUUGACCGGCAGAGAAAGGCCCCAGGAAGCCCUGCCCGGGCGAAGAUGCGGCGGAGGAGCCGGGCCCAGCCUACUGGAGCCUCGCCGGGGGGCCCAGCGAAGAACAAAAAGCGGAAGAAGCGUGGCCAAGGUGGCCAGUCGUCCAUGUUCUCCCCAAAGGAGCCAGAGAUCAAGCUGAAGUACGCCACCUACAGGGAGGAGAAGAGGGAGGCCAGGGCUGACGCCUUCGCACCCUACGUGCGCUUAGACGGGGGGGAGUUCUCCACCUGCACUGUGGUGAACUACCCGGAGGAGGAGAAUGGCAGGAAGAAGGGGUCGCGGUGCCCGGCAGGCCCUGGCUCGGCGACUGGUGCGGUCCCCACCACCUCCUGUCUGCAGCUGGGCCGGCUGGACGCUGAGGGCCGGCGUCAGAGGGAGCAGGUAUGCUGCCUCUGUGGCCACUCGGCCAACGUCAUGGACCUCGGAGACCUCCACGGGCCAUACCGCCCCCACGGUCGCCGUGCAGGCCCUGGGGCACCCUCCAUCCGGCACGGACCUGAGGACAACGAGGCCUGCAGCGACUCGGACUCCUCCUGCUACGGGCGGGGAUGGAAGCCAGGGGCAGUUCAGGAGGUGGUGGCUCGCCAUGGGCAGGUCUCGGAUGCUGGCAGCCCCCAGAGUCCCGCGGCCAAGAGGCGGCGCCUCAACCCUGGUGACCAAAGUGACACUCCCACACCACCUGCCAACACGGAGUUCUGGGUCCAUGAGGACUGUGGCGUGUGGUCGGCGGGUGUCUUCCUGGUCAGAGGGAAAUUAUACGGGCUGGAAGAGGCCAUCAGGCUCGCGCAAGAGACGGUGUGCUCUGCAUGCCACGGGCUCGGUGCCACGCUAGGCUGCUUUUUCAAAGGUUGCCCCAGUAAAUACCACUACAGUUGUGCGGUGCAGUCAGACUGCAUGCUGAACGAGGAUAACUUCACCAUGAAGUGUCCGAAACACAAGAAUAAAUCCCUCAAAGGUGUGUCCAGGAUGGAGAGCAGGUGACAGGAGACCAGAGGGGGGCGCAUCACCAGUUCUGUGCACUCGCUGGAGUGUGGCGGGCUUACCUCUGCUGAAACCGGGACAGCUGUUUGUUGGUGAAGACUCCCCCCGCUGUCACUCCUACAACCAUGACAACGGCAUAACGAUGACAUCACCCAGCCUCUGCACAAGGGUUCCGUUCAGCACAGACCACCGCCCCAUUCAUGAGCAUUCCAGCCCUGUCACAGACCGGUCGCUGGCACAGACUGGUCACCGCAGCCGACGGUGGCUGUGGCUCUCACACAGUGCUGUACCUUGCGCUCCUUGGGGAGUCAGACCCAGAUUCAAUCUAACCACAGUGCCCAUCGCUCUUGAAUCUGGGCCCUAGUGUUUUGGAUGGCUUGGAGGCGAAGGUAGAGCAUUGAUGGGAAUCAGUAAGUCAGUGUCAUGUAGUGACAGUAAGGAGAAAAUAGGGUGUAUUUGUACAAUCGCUGGAAGCUAUAGAUGAGGAUGAUGGUGGGCUCUAUAUGAAUUUUAUACCACGGCAACCCUGUUUCAUCAGUUUAUUACCAAAGUAUC